AAUCUGUGGAUUAUCAUAAUCGUAUAAAAAGAGAAAAAGCUUUACAAAUAAUGUGCAAUCAGUAUACAGAGAUCACAAAAGAACCAAUAACAAUAGAAAUCGCAAAAAAGAUCAACAAUUUAAGAUCACAAUAUUUAGAUUAUCUCAAUAACAUUAAACAAUCAAAAGCAAGCGGUGCAUCAGCUGAUGAGAUUUAUAGACCUACCUGGUGGUUGUAUGAGGAUAUGAAAUUUCUUGAUCCUUAUAUUGCACAGAGAAAAGGAGAAUCUUCUAUAACAGAAAGAUUUUCUAAGGAUGAAUCAGAAUCUUCAACAAUGAACAGACUAAAUGAAGACGAUACGGACAGUUUACAACUAAUGGAUGUAUAUAAUGUUUUAAAAGACCAUGAUAAAG